ACGAAGAACGGCAUUGACGUCAUAUUUGGGCGACACGAAGGCAGGAACUUUGCGCAUGAUUUUGUGCUUCUGUCGAAUAGCAAAGGCAUAGCAAUAUGAUAGACACGGAGAAGUGUUCCUCGGGAGGGGAUGCCGCCUGUUCAAACCAUAGUGAUAAGAAAGAGAACGAAAAAAAGAAGAGAUCUCGGGUGAAACAGCUGCUGACCGAAGUGAAGAAGCAGGUUGAAUUUUGGUUUGGUGAUGUGAAUCUUCACAAGGACAGAUUCAUGAAGAAUGUUAUCGAACAGUCACGAGAUGGAUAUGUUGACAUAUCCGUGCUGACGUCAUUCAACCGAAUGAAAAAAUUGACCACAGAUGUCAAGUUGAUAGCCCGGGCUCUUAAAAAUUCAGCAGUAGUGGAGGUAAAUCUUCAGGGAACACAUGUACGGCGAAAGGAUCCACUUGGUGAAAGCCCAAAAGAUGUAGACAACCGUACAGUUUAUGUGGAGUUGUUGCCAAAGUCAGUGACUCAUGUUUGGCUGGAGCGUGUGUUCAGCAAGUGUGGAAAUGUGGUUUAUGUUAGUAUCCCUAGGUACAAGUCCACAGGACACCCUAAAGGCUUUGCAUUUGUGGAAUUUGAGACAGAGGAACAAGCACAAAAAGCUAUUGAGAUGCUGAACAAUCCUCCAGAAGAUGCUCCAAGGAAGCCAGGGAUGUUCCCUAAGACUUGUAAGAAAAAGACUAUACCUUUUCAGGCUAUCCAGGACACACAAGGUUAUGAGGAAGAUGCCAAGAAAAAGAAGAAAAAAAGGUCUCGAAAUGAUCUCAAAAACAGUGCUUCUAAAGAAAUGACUGUAAAUGAGAUGGACAAAGAAGGAAUGUUAGGGAAUGCAGUUACCAGUGAGCUAAAGAAGCAAUCAUCAGAUGAAUAUAAAAUGGAAAACCCUUCAAUGCUGGUCAACAGCACAAGCAAGAAUACUGAGAAGAAAAGACGAAGAUCACGCAGUUCUGAGGCAUUAGUUGGAGAAGACCAAGAUGAGAUGUCAUCCAAAAUAAGAAAAGUAGAAGAGGAGGAGAGUGAGAUGAAAGAUUUAUCAACUGGGAGCAAGAAUGAAGAACAGUUGGACUCUGAGAAGAAAGACGAUUCUGUUUUGAAGGCUAAGAGGAAAAGAAAGAAGAAGCUCAAGGAGAGAUUGAAAAUAGGGGAAGAGGUCAUCCCACUCAGGGUCCUCUCAAAGAAAGAGUGGUUGAACCUGAAGCAGGAGUACCUGACAAUGCAGAAGCACUGUAUGGCCCAUCUGAAGCAGUCAGUGGCUCAGAUCAACCAGAAGUCAGUGAAGUAUGACAUCAUGCAGACUAAAGAGAAUGAGAACGCUUCCUGUAAGGAUACAGCUAAGAAAGAGCCCCCUUCUGGCCCUAAGUUUGCAAGUGGAGUCAUUGUCAAAAUUAGCUAUAACCAGCCCCUGCCAAGCAAGAGGUGCAUCAAGGAUUCACUGUCUGAAAUGUCCGAUGUGGCUUAUGUGGACAUUCUGGAUGGAGAUAAAGAGGGUUACAUUCGAUUCAAGAGUCCUGAAGAUGCACACAAAGUUAUCACAGCUCGAUUAGAACUUCAGAAAAAAUACAGCUGGAACCUUGAACUCCUCUCAGGUGACCAUGAGCAGAGGUACUGGCAGAAGAUUUUGGUGGACCGACAAGCAAAGCUAAACAGUCCUAGGGAAAAAAAGCGUGGAACAGAAAAGCUCAUUUCUAAAGCUGACAAAAUCAUCAUCGCUCGGGCCACUGAAGCAAGUAAGCACAUCCGCUUUGAUGACUAACAGUCUGUGCUAUAAUUACUUAAUCAGAAAUAUUUUAAGAAAAACAAAAAUAUUUCAAAUGACAUAGCCAAUAAAUUGUGUAGAUCUGACCUGUUAUUCCUUGAAUGAUCAAGUAAUUACUGAUAAUGAUUAUAUAAUGAUUGAGUUUUGUGUUGGAAUUAAGAUGUCUGGAAUCAUUAUCAUUAUUAUUAGUAUUAUCACAAUUAGUAAGUUGUUUAAUGUUUUUAAGUUGUUAUAUUUUGAUGGCAAGAAAACCAGUUGUAUAUGUAGUUAUAUUUGCGUCCUUGUUAUUAUUUUUAUUAUUGCAGUUCUUCUUUUUAAUAAAAUUCUUUACUGAGAAACUUGUAAAUAAAGGUGUCUGUGAGGAAAAAAAAUUCCUCUCAAAACGGGCACCUCUGCAUUGAUCAGUCCACCAAGAAAGGUUGUAAAUUAAGGUGAAGUAAAAGACCCUUACCUAGACCAAUCAUUGCUCAAACAGCCUUUGAGACAGAUCCUCUUAAAGAGUCAUUUUAAAUCACUGUCCACUCUCCGAUCUUAAUAAGAACCCAAACAAAAAAAAAAACCUUCCAGCUUCUUACAGAUUCCUCAAAUCUCCAUUUGUGUCAAAACCUUUUUACUCUUGUACAGCAACAAAGCUAACGCAAGUAAUAAUUUUUUAAUUAUUUAAAUGUUUUAAUUAUUAAUGUUUUAAUUAUUUAAAGGUGUUAAAAAUCAUCUUAAUAAGAGGGGCUUAUCUAAGAAACACCCUGAUUAACCUCAUUGGGUUAGGGUUAAUUUUGUUCGCUUAGCAAAGCCAACAUAUUGUAAAUUUAAACUUCUUUUUGUUAUUAUUUUUUCUUCUGAGAAUUAAUUUUCCAAAUCUAUCUCCUCCUUGGGCUUUAAAGCCACAUGCCCCAAACUCAUCAGAGAUCUGGGCCUUAAUGUCUAGUUUGUUGCUAUGCCUUUUCAGACUGAUCAGACUUGCAGUUUUUUCAUUUAUUUGUCAUUAUUAUAAAAAAUUGUCAUGUGGCUUUUUAUUGUCAUUUUAAGUACAACUGAUACAACAGAAUUCAUUUCACUAAAGCAAAACUAAAAAAACUUGUUCUGUUUAUCAGAAGAUGACAGGUGCAAUAGAUGCUUGUUGCCCCCGGCAGACCAUACUUGUACAUUUUACACUUAGUCUGUAUCAAAAAAAGAGGAGCAGUAAGAAUUCAAUGUCAAAAGCUCUUAGUGUUUCUGUAAAACCAUGUCCAAUAAUGGCAAUUUUUGGAAUAUCUCCUGUUGAUGGCUUAUAUAAGAAGCACCAUGCCGAUAUUAUUGCCUUUGCCUCAUUGAUAGCCAAAAGACGUAUACGAUUGCCCCCCUCCUAACCUCUCUUUUUUAUUUGAUGUCUUUCUUACAUUUGGAAAAAAUCAAACACUCUAUCAGUGACUCUGUCAAUUCAUGCUAUAAAAUGUGUGUAUGUAUACCUAUAUUUCAGAAAAAAAAAUUGUCUCUUAAUGGUUGGAUGUCUAAGUGGUGCACGCAGAAUAACAUAGGUUUCACAGACAAUUAGAUGAGUUUUUGGUGCAGACCUGACCUGCUGAAAAGAGACUGAGACUUAAGAGCAACAAUUUAAUUGAUGUUCAACAAAUAAAAACUGUUUAUAAUACAGAGCAGGAAAUGAUAAAACUUGGAUUACUGAAAAUCAUGUCCCUUUCUACGAAAGCACUUUUAAUAAAUUAUAACCUAGAAACUCUGCUUGAGAGAGACCUGGAUAAAACCAAACAAAUACCUUACUUUAAAGAGUCUACCCCCCUAAGACUGCUGCUAUAAAAAUGCGCCACAUCCUAAAGGUAAAGAGGGAGAUGCUAGAGUUUAUAGCAAUAUUCUCAGCACUUCUUAGAGGGCAGCAGGUGCUACAUAUAACGUUAACUAGAGAAACGUGCUAAUGAUAAAUCCCAUCAUGUUUGUUCUGGCUACUAUAUACAAGCCACCCAGGCUUAAUAACACAGAUGUUAUUAAAGAAUUCACUGCUUUUCUAACUGACACUGCUGGCUGCAGUGAUGAUGUUUCAGAUCAUUAUAUAGUCUUGUGUGAAUUCCAUAUAGCUAAAACCCUAAACUCUGCACCUUGUUACCAGUAUGGUAGAACUAGCACUUACACUACAAAAGAAUGCUUUGUUAGCAAUCUUCCUGAUUUAUCUAAAUUCCUUAGCACAUCCAAUAGUGCACAUCAGAAAUGAUGUAAUCUCUCUUUAGCACUUUAGAUACAGUUGCUCAUUUAUGUUUAAGAAAGAUGAAAGAAAACAAUUUGACUCAGUGAUAUAAUGAGCACAUUCGCACCCUAAAGAGAGCAGCUGGGAAAAUGGAGCACAGCUGGAGAAAGACAGAUCUAAAGGUAUGUUUUAAAGUUUGGUGGGAAAGUAUCCUAUCAUACAGAAAAGCAUUUUAAAAUGGGCAAAUCUGAUUAUUUUUUCAUAUCUUUUUAAAAGAAAACAAAUAUAAUCCCCAGUAUUGAUUCAAUACAGUGACUGACUAAAUUAAAGAAAAGAAAAAACAUCCCAAGAUCACAACAGUAUUGAACUACUUUACUAAGAUUUAUACAAUCAGAGAUACAAUUUUAACCAUGCUGCUGUCAGCUACAUUAUCACAUCAGAUACUAUAGGUCCCUGAGGGACAAAAUUCUAUUCAUUUUUGAUUAUAGGAUAGGAACAAUUGUACAAACUUGUUAAAUCAUCUAAACCAACAGUGUGUAUGUUAGGCUGCAUUCACACUGCAUAGUUCAAGUGACCCAAUUUCGAUUUUUUUCCCUCCCGUUUGGCACAGAUCAGAUAUAGCCCAUAAAAAUUCACAUGGAUUCUGAUGUUCUCUUUAAGCAGACACAUCAGAAAUUCUCCUCAUAAUGUGAAUUGUACGUCAUUGAAAAAGCAACGGUGGCAAAUUAAGUCAACACAGGUGGACAACAACCGCAAAAUAUCAAUAGCGCAGUCGAGGACAAAGGCUCAGAUAAGUAUACUAAUGUAGAGGCAGUACAGGAAAAAAUGCAGGGUUGUUACAGAAACAAAAAUCUGUAAUCGAAGACAUUUCAAGGGAAAGGGGAAAGCGGGUUUUAAGCGCUAUGGCUACAGUACCAAUAUAAAAUAAAAAGCAAAUACAAACAUGUGAAAGACCAGAACAACAGAAGCUAUAAUAGUCAUAUUACAUUUCAAUUCUAUAAUCAAAUGGAAAGCAUUUUAGGUGAUAAGCUGAGCUGUCGCCUAUCUGAGAUACUAGAUAGAUUCAGAGAAGAGGAUGCCGGUUUGUCAGUGGACUGUGAAGAGCAGGAAUGUGAUAACCUUAACAUUGCAGGUAAGUGUAAAUAAUUUUUUUUGCAGACGUUAGCUAUUGUAGUAACACUUUUUUUCAGCAAUUGCCAUAUUAGAAAAAAGUUAUAUUAUGUUGCCUGCUAAUUUUUUAGCAUGGACUGUACACUUCAAUAACGUUAGUCAUGCUACUUUAAAAUAAAUUCUAAUACAUUGUGUACAUACAUUCACUAUUUUUAACAUGUGUCUCUACACAGAAGUAACAUGCAACUGCCUCGAGUGAGAUCAGCUGUUUAUCCAGUGAGAGGGCUUCAGCCAGUGUGAGCACCACUGAUUCAUUAGCUGAUAACUGCUUCAGCCACUAUGGGUACCACAGAAUUGACUUCAAGGACCUCAGCACCAACAACUGGCUCCUGAUUCUGAUCAGAUAGUGGAUCAGCACUCAGAAGAUUGUUCAUCAGAGACCAGAACACCUAGAUAAGCCUCCGCGGAUAAAUCAUCUGAACCAGGCGCACACACACACAUACCUCUGGCUUGCUUUGUUGGGGCCCUUAAUUUAUAGGGGUUAAUCGUCGAUUUGAUUACAGAGACCGCUUUUGAACAAUUUGUUAUUAAACGCAAUCUUGUUCUUAUCAUUGUAUCUCUAUCCCUUCAUCCCUAUGAUUGUAUUCUCCUAUUUUAUAAUGUUCAGUUCUUUGAUACAAUGUAGAUAUAUUGAUUGCUGAUUUCACUGAAUGCUGUUCAUUUUAUAUUGUUUUAUGAGGUACCAUUGUAUUCCUUGACCAUCAGAACAUAAAGACCACUUUUUUUUAAUAGAAUAUAUAUAAAAGCAUGAAACUUGGUACUCUUCUAUAUAAUACCAGCCAUAUCUCCCAGCCCAAUCAGAAGCCUAUAAAAGGAGUGGUCAAUCAUUAAAUCAACCAUUUUUAUUUAUAUUUAUAAAUAAAUUUAUAUGAUGGGGUGAAACGAAGACGAGAAGUACCAACUUGGACCUGGAAAUCUGAAGGGUCUGGAAUUAUUCUGGAUAAAGGAAUGCUCAGAUUUUUUCUCUGAUAUUUUCCAAACUUCUCAGGCAUUAUAGGUGAACAGUCAGAGCUGCAAAAACUGAAAAGUACUGAAUAAAUGGCAUUAUUAAUUGUGGCCAGUGUGUUUCAGAGCAAACAUUUAUUUCGUAACACGAUUUCUCCCUUAUUUUAAAUUAUUGUUUUCCCAGGUUUAAGUUUUUGCAAAUCUCAGAAAUGCUUUGAUAGUAAAAGUUCACAUUCAUGAGCGGUUUAUUCCAAGUAUACUCACACUCUUGCUUGAGAGAAAAAAAAGUUGAGAAACUGAAUUUCAUGCACACUUUAUUUAACAGUAAUAUAAAAUACCUUUUCAUAGCUGUAAGUGCAUGCACCAUCUGCCAACAGUUUGGAAGUAAAAUUAUAAAAGCAAGGGCACUUAAGCUUUUGUUAUAUAUAUUAAAAAAAAAAAAACAUUGAUGGAGUUUGUUUUGUAAAGCAUUUAGCAAUAAUAAACUGAUAUACAAAGCAGAAUCAAUAAUAAUAAUCAUAAUAUGAAAAUUAGACUUUAGUCUGUGGCACCCUAAAAAAAAUAAAAUAAAUAAAAAAUAAAAACUUUGUAUGACACAGCAUCAUGCUUUUUGAGUUUAACAUCAGAGAACCACAAACUUAUUUCAAGUUAACACGUAAACAUGCUAAUUCAGACUAUAUAUACUGGUGUAUAUACAAGCAUUUGUUUAAAAUCAUGACUCCUCAUCCAGGGUAAUAGUAGAUGCUUUGAUUACAAAACAAGCCUGAAGCUUUUCCAAGUGUUAUAGCUAAGAAUGGCAGUACAUUUUUAGGAUUUGUCCACUAAGCACACUACAGGUAAAAACAGGGUUUGGCAGCCAAAGGUAAUUCAAUAUUCUUAGUCAAGUCUUACAAAACAUGCAUAGGCUAAUAUUUUCAAUUAAUAAAUUUUUCUUUCCCGCUUUCUUUUUUUUCUUUCUUUAUUCCUUUUUAAUACACACACACACACACACACACACACACACACACACACACAUUUUUUUUCUCUCUCAAUAUGUUAAAAGCGGGAGGAAAAAAAAAAUUACAGAACUUUCAAUCAAGCCAUAAUAAAUGCACCCUAGGCCACCCAAAUAAAACAAAGCAUACAGUAAGCACAAAAAAGUGAAAAGAACCAAAAAAAAGUCCAGUUUUUAAACUCCAAGAAAAUUUAUAUUCAUUAAGCUAGCUUGUAAUAAAUACAGAAAGUAGGAUCCAAACACACAAAGAAACCUGAGGUAAGCAUAAUCUGUACAAAACCAUAUAACAUUCCAUUUUUGGCAUUAUAACAAUGUUGCAAACAUUCCUUUAAGACUGCCUAAUUUACUCUAGAGCUAGUUUAUAAGAGUAGCAAAAAGGUAUUAAUAAAUAGUCCUUACUUAGUUUGUACACUUUUUUUUUUUAAGUUCUGUCCAUUUUUAGUGCUGUAUUUUUGUAAACGUACAAUAGUUAGCAAGAAAUUACACACAAAAAGAGAAAAAAAUCCUUUAUCCAGUAAGUAAAGGUCUUUUCACAUAAGAUCUCUUGUCUGCUCUAAUUCCCUGUGCCGAAAUCAAGAUGGCCCCCCCUCCCAAUUUAAUUUCGAACAGAUGACAGCUUUUCAUGUUUUUAAGCAAAAAAAAAAAAAAAAAGAACAAAAAAGGUAUA